AUGGCAACUAUCAAAAGGAAAUAGGACCAUGGCAGCAGAUGAUGACAAUGGUGAUGGAACAAGUUUAUUUGAUGUCUUCUCUGCAUCUCCUCUUAAAAAUAAUGAUGAAGGUUCUUUGGACAUAUAUGCUGGGUUGGACAGUGCUGUUUCUGACAGUCCUUCCAAAUCCUGUGUACCAUCCAGAAAUUGUUUGGAUUUAUAUGAAGAAAUUCUUACUGAAGAAGGAACUGCAAAGGAGGCAACAUAUAAUGAUUUGCAAGUAAAAUAUGGAAAAUGUCAGCUACAAAUGAAAGAACUAAUGAAAAAGUUUAAGGAAAUACAGACACAGAAUUUCAGCUUAAAAAAUGAAAACCAGUCCCUUAAGAAGAAUAUUUCAGCACUUAUCAAAACUGCUAGAAUGGAAAUAAGCCGCAAGGAUGAAGAAAUAAGUCAUCUUCAUCAAAGAUUGUCUGAGUUUCCACAUUUUCGAAAUAAUCGUAAAACUGCACGAACAUCAGAUACAGUUAAAACAAAAGAUCUUACAUCCAGAUCUUGCCAUUUGGAUGAUUGUGCAAAAACUGAUCACAGAGUGAAAUGUGAUGCUUCUAAAGAUGGACAUCAUAGCACUUCACUGCCAAACAUCGAAAAGGAAGUAAAAUUGCAUUUGGAAAAAAAGAGCACUUUGCAUUUGCCUACCUCCAAUGAAAAACACUGCACCAAUGGCAUUUGGUCACGUUCUCAUUAUCAGGUUGGUGAGGGUAGCUCAAAUGAGGAUAAUAGAAGAGGGAGAAAAGAUGUUGGAUAUAGCCAAUAUAGUAGAGGAACUGAUAGAAUACGAAAAGACUUAAACACUAGUAGUGGUGAUGGUGAACCAAGGAAUAUAGAGGCUAGUCAAAGGCUACAAGGACGUCCUGAGAAAUACAGUAAAGGUGAACCAAAGAUAGAAAGCAAAAAUUCAAAGUUUAAAAGUAACACAGAUUUGGAUUAUAAAAAUGAACGUUUUGGCUGUUCCUGGCAGAAAGAGACCUUCAGAGAGAGAUCACAUACUCGAGUAGAAUCUCAAAGUGACAGAAAACUACAAAGGCAAAAUGAAAGAUUACAAAAUACAAAUAAAAAAGAAUAUAAAUCACAAGACAAAGAAGAAAGAAAAGUUGAUCAAAAACCGAAAUCAAUAGUAAAAGACCAUGAUUAUUGGAGAAGAUCUGAACGAGCAUCUUUUCCUUAUUCCAAGAAAGAUAUAAAAUCUCAUAAUUCAAGUAAAUAUCAUCUAGAAGAGAGAAGAGAAAGGGAAGAUGGUAAAAGAGACAGGGGUGUGAGUAAUCAUAGUUUUCAAGAAGGAAGAUGUUCAUCCUCUCUUUCAACCAGUAGAACUCACAAACACAUUGACUCUAAGGAAGUUAAUGCUAUGCACCAACGGGAAAAUACACCUUUAGAAGCAGAAAGGCAUAGAACUGAAGAUAAGAGGAAAAGAGAACAAGAAAGCAAAGAAGAAAACAGGUAUAUGAGAAAUGAAAAAAGAACACCUACAGGACAUUUGCAGAAGAUUAACAAGGAAACCAAGAAAACCACUGCUGAUUUAAAGAGACCGAGUGGACCAAAAAAUGAUAAAGGUGAAGUCUCAUUGGGUGUUUCUGAAGGCCUAGAUAACAAAGACCUUGCAAUUAAAGCUGAAAGUGGUCCAAAUGAAACAAAAAACAAAGACUUAAAGUUGAGUUUUAUGGAAAAGUUGAACUUAACUCUUUCUCCUGCUAAAAAGCAGCCUAUUCCUCAGGAUAAUCAGCAUAAAAUAACCAAUACUCCACAGCCCAGUGACAUGUGUGAUUUGGAGUCCUUGGUGCAGGAUAAAACAGUGACAUGUGUUCCCUCUGUCAGUGAACAUAGUGCAGAGGAAACCAAAUUAAAGUCAUUGGAACCAAAAGAUGCUGUUGCAGCAGCAGCACCUGAACCUAGAACUGGAAUUCCAAAAACGAAAAUGGAAGAAGAAAAUAGUUUGUUAGUUAAGUCUGUUGAGGAUACUGUGCAUUGUGUCUUGCCCAUUUGUGGUACAGAGACCUCUUCAGCACCUGUGGAAAUGGAACAAACAGAGUCUUUGUUUCCAUCAUCAAUAGAAAUGGAACAAACCAUUCAUGGUGCAAGGGCAGCAGUUCCAGUGAUAAUGGACAUAUUACAGACAAAUGUUUCUCAAAACUUUGACUUGGAAUUAGAUACCAAAAGAAAUGAUGGUUUAAAUUCUUGUAAUAUUUCUGAAGAUAUGGAAAUGAAGGAGGCUUUUUCAACAAAAGUGGCCGAAUCCAGUGAAAGCAUUUUACAGCCUUCAAUUGAAAAAGCUGGUGUUUUGCCUGAAGUUGUUUCAGAAGUUGAUGAUCCAAAGUUGGAGCCUUCUGUUGAAGAUACAUCACUGGUUGAGAAUAAGUCUUGUCAUUUGGAGCCUUGCUUAUUACCUAAAGAGACUCUAGAAUCUUCACUCCAGCACACUGAGUUAACGGACCACAGAAUGGAAAUUGGUGAAACAAACUCAGUAUAUCAGGAUGAGAACUCAGUUCUGAGCAUUGACCUUAAUCACCUGAGACCUAUUCCAGAAGUCAUUAGUCCCCUGAAUAGUCCAGUGAGACCUGUGGCAAAAGUACUUAGACUGGAAAGCCCUUCUCGAGUUCCAUUAUAUAAUAGCCAUAAAGAUGUAUUUCCACCAAAUUCAGCUAAUUCUGCCUCCAAGAGUCAGUCUGACCUCAACAAGGAAAAUCAGAAACCAGUUUGCAAAUCUGUCAAGUUUACAGAAGUAGACUCCCAUAAGAAUUCACCUUUAGAUGAAUUAGAAGAAGGAGAAAUUAUAAGCGACAGUGAAAACUCUAAGCAACAAAAAAAUUUUGAAGAAAGUGCCAAACCUAGGGUUUCUACUGAAAUGCAGAACAGAAGAACUAGCCCAGGAAGUAGGAAAAGUACUGGACAUUUGGGUAAGGACAAAAGGGAAAAAUCUAUAAAAACUCAGCAGACAAAAAGGAAAUGGAGUAAAAGACAAAGUGAAUCCAGUAGAUCUUCAAAAACAGAGAAGAAAGAUAAGACAGUGAGCACCUCUGUCCUGGAAAAAAUAGUUCCAAUUAUCGCUGUACCCUCUUCUGUACGAGAGGUUAUGCACAUGUUACGAAUGAUAAGAAAACAUGUAAGAAAAAACUAUAUGAAAUUCAAGGUAAAAUUUCCACUGAAACAAUUUCAUAGAAUUAUUGAGUCAGCAAUUUUGAGUUUUACAUCACUCAUUAAACACCUUGACUUAUCCAAAAUCUCUAAGGCAGUGACUACUUUACAGAAGAAUCUUUGUGAUGUUAUAGAAUCCAAACUUAAGCAAGUUAAAAAGAAUGGCAUAGUGGAUCGUUUAUUUGAACAGCAACUACCGGAUAUGAAAAAAAAAGCAUGGAAAUUUGUAGAUGAACAACUUGAUUAUUUAUUUGCAAAGCUUAAAAAAAUCUUAAUAAAAUACUGUGAUUUCACAAACUUUGGUAGUGACAGUGAUGAAGGGAAAUUUGAAAAAAAUAAAGAGAAAACAGAAUAUUCAAAUUGUCAGAAGAGGAAUAUGGUCAACUCCAGCAAAGAAAUGCUGAAAGAGAAAUCCUCAAAAUUAGAAGGUUCUAUUUAUAAUAGAUCUUCACUGGGAUGUAAAAAGUCUGAGGAAAAACGUCAAGACCAAAAUAACUCCGGUGUAAACACAGUAAAGCAUGAUAUUAAAAAAAACUGUAACACUUGCUUUGAUAAUAUUAGGUGCUCUCAAUCUGAAGAGCACUCCUUGGAACUAAACUGUCUGAACAUCCCAAAGCCAGGAAAAAUGGAAGGUAGCACAAUAGAGGAUACACAGACUUCCCAGCAGGCAGCUUUGAAGCCAGAACGUUGUUUUGAGAUUCUUACUGAACAGCAAGCAUCUAGCCUCACUUUUAAUUUAGUGAGUGAUGCACAGAUGGGUGAAAUAUUUAAAAGUUUGUUGCAAGGUUCUGAUCUUUUGGACAACAGUGUUAAUUGUAAUGAAAAAAGUGAGUGGGAGUUAAAGACUCCAGAGAAACAGCUGCUAGAAAGUCUUAAGUGUGAAUCUAUACCAGCUUGUACAACAGAAGAACUGGUUUCUGAUGUAGUUUCUCCAUGUCCUAAAAUGAUCAGUGAUGAUAAUUGGUCUUUAUUAUCAUCUGAGAAAGGUCCAUCUCUGUCUUCAGGGCUUUCGUUGCCAGUUCAUCCAGAUGUGUUGGAUGAAAGUUGUAUGUUUGAAGUGUCCACUAACAUAGCUUUAAAUAAAGAUAAUGUAUGUAGUUCAGAAAAGAGCAAGCCCGGCAUUUCUUCCAUACUUCUUGAAGAUCUAGCAGUAUCUUUAACAGUGCCAUCACCUCUGAAGUCAGAUGGUCAUCUCAGUUUCUUAAAGCCUGAAGUUUUAUCUAGUUCAACUCCUGAAGAAGUUAUUAGUGCCCAUUUUAGUGAAGAUGCCUUACUUGAGGAAGAAGAUGCAUCUGAACAAGAUAUUCACUUAGCUUUGGAGUCUGAUAAUUCAAGCAGUAAAUCAAGUUGUUCAUCAUGGACAAGUCGGUCUGUUACUCCAGGCUUUCAGUACCACCCUAAUCUACCCAUGCAUGCUGUCAUAAUGGAAAAGUCCAAUGAUCAUUUCAUUGUGAAAAUACGGCACACGGCACCAUCUGCCUCUACUAGUCUUACACAGAAUGUGGUGGCUAAUGAGUCGUUGGCCUCUUUGCCCAGAGUGAGAAAGGAAGCUGAUGCAGCAGAGAAGGAAUGUAUUUCAACUCAGGACACAGUUUUUAAAUCUGUGGAGGAAUUGAAACAUUCCAAUGAAAAUGUUGACAGCAACAAAUUAGCUCAUGAAGAGCAGGGCUGUAUGAUACAAACACAGGUUCCUGAUAUAUAUGAAUUCCUGAAAGAUGCUUCAGGUAAAGUGGGUCAUAGUAAUGAAGUGGCUGAUAAAUGCUUGAAGUUGCAUCAAGUAUGGGAACCAAAAGUUCCCGAAAGCAUUGCAGGAUUGCCUUUGAUGGAAGACAUUCCACAUUCUGUUGAGAGCCAUCUUCCAAACACAUACGUAGACCUCACAAAAGAUCCAGUCACUGAGACUAAAAACUUGGGGGAGUUUAUAGAUGUAGCAGUUUUAAACAUGAAUCAGUUGAGAUGUUCUGGAAGCAGUUUGGAUCAGAAUGCUCAAAUCUUAGACACUGUGCAGCCUGAUACUGUAGAUGCUUUUAUUGACUUGACACAAGAUGUUUCAAGUGAGAGUAAAAGUGAAGAUAACCAUUCUGCUUUAGCAGUUGGACACUUGGGGUGUCAGGUGUUUUGUGUAGAUGAAGAUAACUAUAAGGAAGAAAAGGUGCAAGUGGCAAGCAAGCCUUCAGAAUGCAUGGUUGAGGAAGCUUAUAUUGAUUUGACUUCAGACUCUCCUAAUGCAUGUGAAGUAAAAAAGGAUUUAAGAUCAGAACCAGCAUCAAAUUCUGAUAGUUCAGAGUUGCCUGCAACUUUGGAUAAUGCUCACAAAAAGAGAAAAAACCUUUCUAAUCUAAAUCAUUCUUGCCAGAAAAAACAGAGAAAGGAAACAGACUUAACCAAUAAGGAAAAGACCAAGAAAAUUACCCAGAAUUCUGGUGAGAAUGGUGAAGAUCACCAAAGAAAAGCCAGUAAGAAAAAGGCCCCUGCAGUGACUAAAGAUCCCUCAUUGAUAAAGACAAGCCCGGGCAUUAAGGACCCAUCAGCAGCAUCUGGCACUUCUCCUGUAAACCUUUCUGCGAAGAAUAUCAUUAAAAAGAAAGGAGAAAUUGUAGUUUCAUGGACAAGAAAUGAUGACCGGGAAAUUUUAAUGGAGUGUCAGAAAAGUGGGCCAUCAAUGAAAACAUUUUCUUAUGUAGCUGCCAAGUUGAAUAAAAACUCAUCUCAGGUCUCAGAAAGAUUCCAGCAGCUAUUGAAGCUCUUUGAAAAGUCAAAAUGCAGGUAGUUAAUGGUUAUACUACAGGAGACUCGUAAAAUAAAUAUUAGCUACUGUACCUUCAGUUAAUGGCCUAUUAGUCAUUGAAGAUGUGAGUAGUGGGUGAGAGACAUCCGCUUGAUUUCCUGCUUCAUUCACAGCUUGGAGGAUGAUUGCUCGUAGUAAUCUUCUAAGGUCACCACAUCCACAGGACGUGCUCAGUUGCAGUUUACAUCAUCAUGGCAUUCCUCAUUAACCUCUGACUGCCGAUGAGUCUAAGGUGGGGGGAAGUCCCAUUUGAUGAUUAAUAAGAAAAUUUUUUAUAAGUGAAAAAUAAAUGUUCUUGAAUAACAAUGUGUUUCACAGGUAAUGAAUUCUGUGCACUCAUAAUUUAAUAUUUUUUGCAUACAUUAAAAAAACUUUAUAUUUUAAAUUAGUGCUAAAAUAGUUUGAAAUAUAAAAUAGACAUCCAUAAACAUUAUAUCCAUUGUCAUCUGAAGAGAUGACAUGAUUUACCAUGUAAAAUUAUUAAUAAUGUUGACAGAGAUGUUUCCUCAGUUUUUUAGGGCCGUUUUCGUACAGGUUUGUUAGGGUAACAAUGUUUAUCAGCAGGAUUUCUUUGUAAGAAGUCAGUUGCUUACAUAUUCGGACUUCACGUAAGAAAAAUUGUAGAUUUUUAACAACACUUUUUCAGUCAAUUCGUAGUCAUAAUUAUUUAAAUGCAAAACACCCAGUUUUAAAUUAAAUUAAGUUCAAAUUAAAUCUAAUUGGAAUAGAAACCAUAUUUGGCCAUAGACCUCAGUGUGAACAGGUUCUUAAUAUAUUUGAGUUAUAAAUCUAUUUCUAGACUGGAUAUAUCUUUUACAUAGACAUUUUAUAUAUAAAUGUCUAUAUGUAAUGUAAUUUCAAAAGUAAUGUAAGUGUCAAAAGUAAUUUGAAAGGAAACUUAAUUUCAGUAUCCUCUCAGAACAGCUAGUUUGUUAAUGAGAUCUUCAGAAGAUAUUUGGUAGUUUAUUGUGAAGUUAAAAUUCUAUUUAUAUAAUUCAGAAUGUGAGAUUUAAUAAUAGGGAAUUAGAAAAAAAAAGCUUAGUCUAAAGAACCUUUAAAAAUAGUUUAAGGCAACAAUGACAUGAUUAUUUUUCAGAUUUGCGGUGCUUUAAAAUUUUUACUACCUUUAAGAAAUUAAACCAAAUUUUUUGUUUUACCUGAAUGUUAUCUUAAAAUAUGACUUCCAUUCUCUUAUGAAGAUGAUGUACAUUCAUGGAAGAAUUAACUUGUAUUUGGAAGCGAUGCUCAUUAGUUUAAAAUUUCCAAAUUUCAUUACAAAUCUUUUAUUGAAUUUGAUACUUGAGAUUUUAUUUGCUUGUGUGAUAGCAUAAUUAACGUGUUAUUUCAUUCCUGGUUUGUCUCUUAACUGACUUUCCCCCCCAAGUACUAUAGUCUCAUUAAAUUGUUUUCAAAAUCAAAGUGUAAUGAUCAAGUUUCCAAACUUAUUCCAUAAAAAGCUUCAGCAUCAAUAUUAACUACAUGGAACCCAUUCAAAAGAAUAACAUUUAUGAAAUGGUCAUAUAAAAGUAAAAUCAUAACUUUAGCAUUUUCUUAAAUUACAGAUAAGCUGAAUUCCAGGGAGUCUAAAUUGAUAAUGCUUACUGCACAGGAGCUUGGAGUUCCUCAUGUUCUAAAUGAGGGAGCAGAGGGCAAUUUCAUGACAUUUGCUCACUAGAUAACUUAUAUUUGCUAUAACUUGCUGACUCUUUAAUCUCAAGUCAGUUUGUUCUAGUCAUCAGUCUGAUUUGCUUAUUGGUUACUGGUCAAGAUACUUAUUUUUAAACAGGUUAUAACUUGUUAUUAAGAUAAAAGCAACAACAAUAUAAUAUUGAAACCUUAGUUUUGAUAUUUCAAAGAAAUGAGUUUUUUCUAGAUAUUUAAAAAUAGUUUUGUAGCAUUAAAAAUUAACCAUUAUGUACCUUGUUUUCAUAUAUUUUUAUUUGCUUUUCUAAUUGCCUCUCAUUUUGGUAAAUUGUAAAGUAAUUUAAAUAGUGUAUCUGUAAAUAUGUAUACUUAAAAUGAUGUAAAAUACUUUGUGUGUAUCUGUGUUUGUGUGUAUCAUACACAUAAAUGGCUUUGCCUAGCCAAGAAUUUUUUUUAUCUGUAUAAAACUUUUUGUAUAAAGUUUGCUUUGGAUAUCAGUAAUGUACAAAUAAAACCAUGUAAAGUUCU